AUGAGCUCCCUUUCAUCGGAAGGAAAAGCCCUAUUGGACGACAAGAUUGCCCGAGCAUGCCAUGAAAGCAAAAUUCCAAGCGUAGUCUUCGGGGUUUCAAGUAUGACUGAAGAACUAUACUUCGGGGCAGCUGGCCUGCGGGACUUGGGCAAACCUUCAAGCGGUAACGUGGAUGAAUCAAGCGUAUUAUGGGUUUGCAGCAUGACCAAAUUGGUUACUACCAUCGCAAUCCUUCAACUUGUUGAACAAAAAAGAAUAUCUCUCGACGCUGUCGUUUCAGAAAUCAUUCCCGAGUUGAAGGAUCCCGUGGUCCUGAACGAUCCUUUUGCAGAAGAACCAACGUUCAAACCUGCAAAAACUAAGAUCACGCUUGCGCACCUUCUAAAUCAUUCCAGUGGCUUAUUCGUCAGGGAGAAGCAUGACCCUCCCUACGCUCUGCCAACAUUGUUGACCGGCGACUACGGGCCAACGGAUCCGGUUGGCUUGUUCUAUGCCCGCAAUAGGGAGAAAUUUCCCGCAAUUCCUUUGAAGUUCGAGCCUGGAUCGGAUUUUUCGUAUGGGCAAAGUACUUGUACAAUCGGUUUCAUCAUCGAAAAAAUUUCGGGGCAGUCCCUUGAGGAAUACUGCCAAAUGCACAUAUUCAAACCGCUGGGUAUCAGAGCUACCUUCUAUCUGACCCCGGACUAUAAGGCAAGAUCGGUUGCCUUUUCUUUUCGAGAACCUAGCGGAGAGUUUGUUUCCUGGGCAAGUCAAGUACCAGUCAUUGAACAGGAUCCCAAGAAAGUUCACCUGAUUCUUGGUGGUCUGGGGAUGUACACGUCUCUUCAGGACUAUCUCUCUCUUUGCCGUCACUUACUUCAAAUACGAGCUGGUUUCGCUGAAAACCCCAUUCUAUCUGUGGAUUCUGUCCUGUCACUCUUCAAAUCGACAUUGAAUGAGACUGCCGCACGUUCUGUUGAAAAGUUCACACCAGGUUGGAAGGACUGUCAAUGGAGCACUGGUCUAUGCCUAAACAAUACUGAUUGGCCUGGCCGGCGUCGAAAAGGCUCUGCUUUUUGGUACGGAUGGGGGGGAACGUAUUUUUUUAUUGACCCAACAACGGGCAUCUCAGCCAUGUUGGGAACACAGAUAGUUCCCACUUGCGACGCCGACGUUUUGCGUCUCUGGGAGCAACUCGAAGAGAUAGUUUACAGCCAUCUUGUCGUUGAUAAUUAG